GCAACUUAUCCUUUGAUACAAGUUGCCAUAAGAUUUUUUUAAAGUGAGCAUUAAUGAGAGACAGAAAAAGAGAGACUCAAAUUCUCCAAUUCAUCAACCUUCAAAGCCGCCAGUUUUCAAUGUGAUGGGUCUCAUAUACACACCCCCUUCACCAUAAAUUUCAAAACGUUACUACCCCUUUUCGUUGAUCCUUUAUUUCAUUCAAUAAUAACGUUAUAGUUUCAAUUUUAUGACUAUUUACACCUUUUAUUUAUAACAUGUUGAAUUUUUUUUUUUCAUAACUUAACUUGAAAGCACUUUAAAAGUUGUUUCAAAAGCCAAUAAACAUUCCUAUACCAAACGUAUUCCUAUAAUCAUUCAUUAGCCUUUGUUAACAAGAAAACUCUCUCAAACCUUUUUAAGAUUCUUAUUCCACAUAUAUCCUACUAAAACAAAAAAAUCCAUCUUUUCAUUUUUCUUCUUUAGAUUAGAUUUCAAAAACAUGAAGAACUCAAAUAAUCAACAUUCAUUAAACACUAUUUCAAGAAAUUUCAAUUCUCAUCUUCAUCUUAUACGUUUCCUCACUUACCUUCUCCUUCUAGCAUGUGGUAUAACACUUGGAAUCAUCAUCAGUUUCUAUCUUAAAAGCUUAAAUUUUAAUCUUCAUUUCACUCAAUUAUCACAAAAAACAACGCUUUUACCGUUACGCCAACCAAUAGUAUUUGAUUCCAGCCUCAAUGGUAGUCAUGAAGGAUUGAAGAAAUUUAUCGAGCCAUCUCAAGUUGUACAUGAUUUAAGCGACGAAGAAUUGUUAUGGAGAGCUUCAUUGAGUCCUAAGAUAAAUGAAUAUCCUUUCGAUCGAGUUCCAAAGGUGGCUUUUUUGUUCUUAGUAAGGGGUCCUGUGCCUUUGGCUCCUCUGUGGGAGAAAUUCUUCAAAGGGCAUAAAGGGUAUUACUCAAUUUACGUGCACUCGAAUCCAUCUUACAAUGGUUCUGAAGUGGAGAGUCCUGUGUUUCAUGGUAGGAGAAUUCCCAGUAAGAAAGUAGAAUGGGGAAAAUUCAACAUGAUUGAAGCCGAGCGUCGCUUGCUAGCAAACGCGCUUCUCGAUUUCUCAAACCAACGAUUCGUUCUCAUAUCAGAAUCAUGCAUACCACUCUUCAACUUCUCAACAGUCUACUCUUAUCUAAUGAACUCCACAAAAAGCUACGUCAUGGCUUACGACCAGGCAAGUUCAGUUGGACGCGGACGGUAUAGAAUUAAAAUGUCCCCUACAAUCAAACUCAGAGAAUGGAGAAAAGGGUCACAAUGGUUUGAAAUGGACAGAAAUCUUGCGUUAGAAGUAAUAUCAGACCGAACAUAUUACCCGGUUUUCGGAAAAUAUUGCAAUGGCUCAUGUUAUGCAGAUGAGCAUUAUUUGCCAACUUUAGUUAGCAUUAAGUUUUGGAAGAGUAAUACAAAUAGAAGUUUGACUUGGGUUGACUGGUCAAAGGGUGGACCCCAUCCAGUUAAAUAUGUGAGACCAGAAGUUACUUGUGAGUUUUUGGAAAAUUUGAGGAAUCAAACAUGCAAGUAUAAUGGAAAUAGCACAAAUGUUUGUUAUUUGUUUGCUAGGAAAUUCUUGCCUACUUCAUUGACAAGACUCAUGAGGUUUGCUCCAAAGGUCAUGCACUUAUAAACUCAUUCUUCAUAGUUUAGUAAUUACAAGUUACAACUAUAUAUAAAUUAUUUAAUUCAUUCUUUUUUAUCAUAAAGUCCACUUACUUCAUGGACUUGAUGAGUUUUUUUAAUAGGUUUCAUAUACUUGUAAUUUAAGAUCCACAUCAAAGGUAUAUUAUUUAAUUUUUUGAUGAAAA